ACGGAACAUGCCUAGGUACGUUGUUCGUCUACAAGGCCAAACGAUAUCCAGGAUGGUUUAUUGUCUUGACAUUUGCCAUUCUCUAUCACAGCUCGUUCCUAUACAUAAAGGUCGCAAGUCAAUUCGCUCUUUAUUUAAUGGUUAAACCCCUAUAACCCCAACGCGGGGUACAUAUGCGAGUAGAGGUUCAGAACGGAUGUUUUGCCUGCGUCGUCAGUAGAACCCUUAUCUAUUGAUCGCCCCAGCCCCUACCUGAAUCCCGCCCCUAGUCGGCACUAGUCGGCCCCUAUCCGCUGCCCUCCGUGAAGCCUGCGAUUGGAACCAGAUCCGCAGAUAACGAGGCGCGGUGGUGUGUAGGUCGGUUGCGUCCGACGCGACGACCUCUCGAGAUAGAUAAGCAGGAGUCCCCGCCGACUCCUACUCUGCCCCCGUUGGCAUGCGUAGGUAAACGACGUUCAUCUUGAGCGUCAAUUGUCUACGAUGGUGUCUUGGUCCGAGAGACUUCAGGUCGCGCACACGACCCCGGUUUGCCGAUGGAUCAACUAUGACAUCCGCCCUAUCGAGGCGGCGAGACGCACUUGGGGGUUCAUGGUCUUCAACAAUUACUGGCUCCUCGUCAACUUUAGCAUCGCGACUUACUUGACCGGAAGCGCCUUGAUCCCGCUAGGUUUGACCUGGUGGCAGGCCAUUGUCUCUAUCGUCAUCGGCAAUCUUCUGGCGGCAGCCUUUUGCGUCGUCAACUCUCUCCCGGGUGCUUACUACCACAUCGGCUUCCCCGUCGCCAAUCGUGCGGUAUGGGGCAUGUGGGGAUCCCAAUUCGUCAUCUGGAACCGAAUUUUCCUUUCUCUUGUCUGGUAUGGCUUCAACGCCUGGGUGGGCGGCACAUGCGUCUACGUGAUACUCCAAUCCUGGGACGUCAGCUUAGAAGAGCAUAUCCCGAACCAUAUGCCGGAAGACACGGGCAUGACGACGGCGCAAUUCGUAGCUUACAUCGUAUUUAGCGUCAUCAGUCUGCCCGUCGCCUGGAUCCGGCCGCACAAGCUUGAAAGGUUCUUCAUCGUCGCGAGCUCGAUCACCAUGAUCUUCUUCGUCGUCUUUCUCAUCUGGGCGCUGGCGACCAUGGGACCCGCGGGCUUCGGUGAUACUAUUAGCCCCGGCACUACGCUUCCGAACACUGGAGGUUCCGACAGCGUGGCCUGGCUUAUGGUGUACGGCGUCGUGUCGACCAUCGGAUCGAUUUCUGCGGGUAUUCUCAACCAGAACGACUACGCGCGGUUCGCCACGCGUCCCCGCCAUGCCAUCAUAGGCCAGGCGAUUCCCUUUCCCGUCUAUGGCAUCGGCUGCUCCGUCGUCGGGAUCCUCGUCACGGCAGCCACGCAAGACAGGUUUGGUGGGGAGGCGAUCUGGAAUCCGCCUACUCUUCUUUCGCGGUUGAUUACCGAUUCUCCCACCGCGGGGACGCGAGCGGCUGCUUUCUUUGCUGGUCUUGCUCUCGUCAUCUCUCAGAUAGGGAUUAAUAUACCCGGCAAUGCGCUUAGUGGCGGGUUCGACCUCGCGGCGACGUUUCCGAGGUACAUCAACAUUCGUCGGGGAGCAUACAUUACGAUGAUUUUUAGCGUAGUCGUUAACCCGUGGAAAUUGGUCAGCACGUCGACGAUUUUCUUGACCGUUCUUUCGUCGUACUCCAUCUUUCUGGCCCCGAUGACGGGUAUGAUGGUCGCGAGUUACCUGUUGGUCGCCCGGAGGAAGAUCAAAACCGACGAUUUAUACAUCGGGGACAAGAGUAGCAUUUACUGGUACACCGCCGGUAUCAAUUGGCGUGCCCCGAUUGCUUGGGUCAUCGGAGUUGCCCCUACACUCCCGGGAUUUAUUGCGGCGGUCAACACGUCCGUCAUCGUCCCGGAUGGUCUGACGCAAUUGUACUAUAUGAGCUAUUUGUACGGUUUUCUUGCAAGCUUUUUUGCGUAUGCUUUACUGCACAGAAUUUUUCCGGACGCCUCUCUCGAUUCCUUCGUCAACAGCGGGGGAUCCGCAAGACAAAUGAUGGCAGUAUCAAGGGAGAAGUGGGACGACGUAGACUAUGAGCCGGUGGGGGUAAUAGAUGGAGAAGAGAGCGCCAAAGCGGAUGACAGGAUCCUUAUCCAGGCUCGUCCGAAGUGAAGGGCCGGAUGGACGGAUGGACGGAUGGACGGCUUUCCUCUAGUUAUCUCUUAAUCUGGACGCUACCCAAGGUACUAUCCAAUACCAACACCGGACGUAUGUUAAUCAUCAGGUUCACAAAGCCGCCAGGUAUUAAAUAUAGAACAUAUAGGUGGUCUGUGUUGCACAAGUGCAUGCUGUGAUACUUGGAAUAACUCCGCCA